AUGGACUUGCAAAUAAUUGUCCGGGGUGAAAACGUUAGAAAUCCGCUGCCUUAUUCAAUACAUAUCAGCCAGUUUGAAUGGGUCGUCCAUAGAUUCACUAUUGUGGAGUCUAUUCCAAAGAAUAAUGAAAAGGAGGCACUGUUACCUCCUUCGUCGAGACUGAGUACGAUUUCGCUCCUCAAUGUUGAACAACAGCCUUGCGGUGUUGAAUUUGAUCUAUUAGCUGUCGUGGCAAACUGUGGGGCAAUGCAAUACCCUGCUGAUCAGACUAACAGAUUUCAAGAGGCCAUAGUUAUGGACAAUAGUGCGAAUUACGAGGCAAAUAAGAACAAACAAAUGCUAAUCGAAUACACAAUGAAGAGUUCAACGGAGUUAGCUUCAUCAGUUAAUCUUGUAGCUGUUGACGAUGAAAUAUUAUCUGUUUCAGCUAUUGCUAUGCAAACCUCCACUGCGGAAACUUUUUACAUCGAAGGAGAAAUUUCGCUACCUGACCAUUUCCAAUAAUUUUAUCUGCUAGAUUGUUCUGAAUGUAACCAUCUUGUUCGGAGCAAAAUAAAAAGAGAGAUACAAUGCAUAAAUUGCAAGCUGCAACGAAUGUUAAUUCCAAGGUGCCACUUUGAGGUAGAAAUUACAGACGAAACUGGCACAACUAUAGCAACAGUAUCUGAAGGCUUGGCCGAAAGAAUGUUGUCAAUGAGAGCUGAGCAUAUAUAUAAUAUCGUUAGU